AUGACAGUGUCAAACGAAACCAAAAAGCCCUAUUUUGGCUUGACAGGAGGAUGGCUUACAUUCUGGGUUACGGUUGCUUGCGCAACUGACAUGUCCUUGUUCGGUUACGACCAGGGCGUCUUUAGUGGUGUGGUUAUCACACGAGACUUUCUCGAAGUCCAUGACCUGGUAGGCCCGGAGAAAACCACGUCGCUCUCCACGGUCACAGCUAUAUACGAUGUGGGCUGUUUCUUCGGUGCAAUUGUUGCCUUCACAAUCGGAGAGCAACUAGGACGGAAAAAGGCCAUUCUGCUAGGAACUACGAUUAUGGCUGUAGGGGCUGUGCUGCAGGCUGUCUCUUUCGGCUUGGCCCAGAUGUUUGUCGGACGUAUUGUCCUGGGGAUUGGCAAUGGUAUCAAUACCGCCACUGCACCUAUCUGGCAGACUGAGACAUCACAGCUGAAGUGGCGUGGUAAACUGGUCAUUUUUGAGAUGAUGAUGAAUAUCUUUGGCUUCUGCCUCGUCAACUGGAUCAAUUAUGGAUUGUCCUUCGUCGGUGGCUCCAUCGCCUGGCGGUUCCCCCUAGCAUUCCAAUUCUUCUUCUUGAUUAUUCUAUGGUCCACCACUCCGUGGCUUCCUGAAUCGCCACGAUGGCUCAUAGCGCACGGGAGACCAGAGGAGGCCACAGUGGUACUCAGCUGUCUCGAGGCAAAACCCAUCGACGACCCCUUCGUGAUUGCGCAGCGCAAUGAGAUCGAAUACAGCGUCCGGUAUGAACGCGAGAAUUCAACGCGGUGGCGAGACCUCUGGAAGAAAAAGGGAAAUGACAGCAAGACGCUCCGCAGACUUCUCCUCGGCGCAGGCAGUCAAUUCAUGCAGCAGUUCGGCGGGAUCAAUAUCAUGUCAUAUUAUCUGCCAACGGUCCUUAUGGAUUCGGUUGGACUUUCCGAUACAAUGGCCCGUCUGCUAGCAGCAUGCAACGCCCUAUCCUAUCUUGUGUUCUCCGGGUUAGCCGUCCUUCUCGUCGAGAGAAUGGGUCGCCGAGGCUUGAUGCUCCUCUCUACGUUCGGACAAUUCUUCUGCUUCCUGGUCAUUACCAUCCUACUUCGGUUCUCACGUAUAAGUGAUAACGGUGAGAAAUAUGCCUCAGCAUCCGUUGCAUUCUUCUUUCUCUACUACGGCGCAUUCGGCAUCGGUAUGCUCGGCGUGCCGUGGCUGUAUCCCACGGAGAUCAACUCUCUUCCCAUGAGAACGAAGGGCGCGGCUGUUGCGACAGCUACUGACUGGAUCACAAACUUCGUCGUGGUCGAGAUAACACCCAUCGGCAUCAAGAACAUAGACUGGAAAUUCUGGAUCGUAUGGACAGUCACUAAUGCUGCCUUCUUACCGAUUCUGUACUUCCUUUACCCCGAGACAGCGAACCGAAGCCUUGAGGAUAUGGACGAGUAUUAUCGGUCCAACCCCCCGCUAAUAGUUACCAAAGAUCCCGAUGCCAUCCGUCGACGGCGACCGCAGAAGUACAUUCAGCGGGAGGAAGAUGAGAUUGAGAGGGCUGCUGCUGCUGUGGAGAAGAGGGCUUUGUCGGUUGGAGCGGUGGAGCAUGCCGAGUGGACCAGUGAGAUGAGGGAUAAGCAUUGA